AUGGAUGCACUUCACUCAAAGGUGGCUGAACUUGAACGUACCGUAGACGUAAUUUCGAGAAAAAAUCAUCUUUCAUGGAACGAUCAACAAUCGAAAAAUUUGCUUUUUCCAACAAGUGGAUUCAGAAACAUGGAGGUUUCCUCUGAACACAACCGUUUGCAACAACAGAAGCAAAUAUUCCAGCAGUUACAAUCUCAGAUGUUGCCGCGACCUGUUACACGCGCGCACUUAUUAGCGCCUCAAGGACAAGUAGAAUCGCAAAAUUCUUUUGAAAAGCGAAUGGUAUCUUGGCAGCCUGUAAAAAGAGAAGAUUCACUUUUAUGGACAGAAGAUAUUAAUGAACAAAGAAUUUAUGAUGCAAUAGCAAGAAAGAGAGGCAAGUUUUACUUUUGA